UCGGGAUGAUUCACUUCUGUCAACAUCUGACUUUUGAGUCAUCCCAAUUAAGAAUAUUUACUUAACGUUUAAUCUAAAUUUUUAAAAUUCCAAGUGGCUUAUCAAGUACAAAAUUGGCUAAUAUCAUAACUUCGGAUCAUUUCACUGGUGACUGAAAAAGUGAAAGCGAAAAAUUCUGAGUAGGUUAUCAAUUAAUCGACAAAAACAAUGAGUCGUGGCGAUGACUGCCUCCCUGCCGACCGACUGAAGGCCCUGAUCGACGAGGGGUCCUCCGUUUCCGUGAAUCCUGACACAAAAGCCAUCCAUUACAUCAGGUCAGGACGAGAACUCCUCCGCAUGGCGAAUAACUAUAUGGAGGAUGGCCAGCUCGACUUGGCCCUUGUUCUUUACACCAGAUACCUCACAAUAUUCCUCCAAAGACUUCGCGCUCACCCCGGUUUCAAAGAGGUUCCCCCCGCAGACAGGAAACUCAUUCAGACCAAUUGUUCUAAAAUCCUGCCCAAAGCGGAAGGUCUCAGAGUCACGUUACUCCAAAGAUUUCAAGAAGAGUAUGACGCCCAUCAGGCGAAUUUGGCGAAAGCGGCGGCGGCCGCCGCUGCGAAAAAAGAGGAAUCAUUAUCCCGUCCCCAAAAUAAUAGUAAUAACCGUAGCACAGACGAUACCCCUUGGGAAAACCCGUUUCGACACUAUAAUAACGUUACUCCGAGCGCUCCUAUUGUGUCGCCAACUCCGGCGUCUAAUUUAGCCUACACCGAUAUGAUGGCUGACCUCCGUAUCGAGCAAUCAGUUCCCGGAUCUGGCGUCACGGUUUCUCCACCAUCAUCCCAAAAUCAUCCAGGCUUUGACCGCACAACGAAGCCGAAUAGAUUCUUGUCCCCGAUGAAUUCUGGUCUUCGCGAGGUCGUGAUUCCGGGAGAUCUGAUUACUACCUUUUUACGCUGUGCGGACAAGAACACGGAGAACAAUGUGGAAACGUGUGGUUUUCUGACGGGGAGGAUUCUCCAAGGAAAGUUGGUCAUUACCGAUCUGAUAAUUCCGAAACAGGAUGGGACAUCCGAUUCUUGUCUAGCGAAAGGGGACGAAGAGUAUAUCAUGGUGCAGGACAGGUUGGAUUUGAUAACGUUUGGAUGGAUUCACACUCAUCCGAGCCAAACUGCGUUUUUGUCAUCUGUCGACAUGCACAGUCAAUUCUGUUAUCAGCAAAUGAUGCCGGAAGCGAUAGCAAUUGUUUGCUCGCCAAGGAAGAAUCAGGUGGGAACAUUCACCUUAUCACCGGAAGGAAUGGAAAUGAUUGGAAGUUGUCCCCACACGUCAGGAUUUCAUACACAUCCUCACACAUCGGUACCCCUCUUUAUCGACGCCGUGCACCACAUUUUUGAUAAGUCGAGACAAGUCAGCGUCCAUGAUUUGAGAUAUACGUAAAAUAAUGUGAUUUACAUAAUCUGUUAUCGAUUUCAAAUUCAACCCCCAGUUUUUCUGCGAGUGUUUUCUGAUUAAUAAUGAAGUAAUACAUAUACAUACUGAAUGUGAUGAUGAUUUAUUAUAGCUUAUGAGUGUAUAAUGUGAUAUUUAACUAAAUGGAAAUUAAAAUGUGUUGAUGCAAGUGCUAAAUUGAUGCAAUUUCGUUAUUUAUUUGUAAGGUAUUCAAAAUAAGUUUAAUUGAUCUGUGUGCCAAUAAUUAACUAAUUACUUAAAUAAUCCGUCUAAUAAAUUAUACUCAUGAAAUGAA